UUUGACCACGCCUGUUCCUUUGACUAGCUACCUACCUACCUGUUCCUGCCCACCAGACCAUGUUGGAGAUAACGUCACUAAAGUCCUUCUUCGACGAAAUCGAAGAAACCAACGGAGACGACGAGUGUAGAGCCUGGCUAAGUAGAGUCUUCGACGCCAAGGUCGAACUCGCAGCAUUUGUUGCCGCUCGGCGGCGGCGGCGGCGGGCUGGCACGGCCACGGAAUAUGUCGGUUUCCUCAAGGGUUCUUUCAACUUCAGCUUGCGUUUCAAGUUCAGCGAUGGCGGCCCAGACGCCAUUAUCCGGUUUCCCAAGCCGGGACAUACGGCCACGGCUCUGAGGGACGAGAAGGUCGCCAACGAGAUCGAGGCCAUGGAAUUCCUGCGCCAAAACACCACGAUGCCGAUUCCCCACGUUCACUGCUGGGGCCUCACUAAAGACAGUCCACAUCGAUUCGGCCCGUUCAUCAUCAUGGACUAUGUCGAAGGAGAGAAGUUGUCGACGCUCCUCAAGAAGCCCAUGGAAAGCGACGACGAGGACCUUGUCUUGAACCCAAGCAUUGAAGACGCAACGCUGGCGACAAUCUAUCGUCAAAUCGCAAGUUACUUGCUCCAGCUCUCGCGACUUUCUUUCAAUCGCAUCGGGGCCAUCUCGAAGGACGGUUCCAAGUGGUCUGUCACCAAGAGACCUCUAACAUACAACAUGAACGAGCUAGCUACCGUGGCGGGCUAUCCACAGAAUCGCUUUCCGACGUCGACCUUUGACCGUGCUAGCGACUACUUCGCUUCGCUCUCACGGGAGCAUCUGGCCCACCUCUGGACGCAGCGCAACAUUGCGGACGAUGCAGAGAUUGCGCGGGCUCGUUUUGUGGCACGGCGUCGGUUCGCGCAGCUUAUCCCGUACUACUGCAUCAGCGAUUCAGGCCCGUUUCUGCCCUUUUGUGACGAUCUGCGGCCUUCGAACAUGCUCGUUGAUCCAAAGACUCUGAAAAUCACCGCGGUGCUCGACUUGGAGUUCACCAACGCCAUGCCCGCGCAGUUCACGUACGACCCGCCCUGGUGGCUGCUGUUGUCCGGGCCGGAGGCGUGGCUGGAUCGAGACUCCAUGGAUGAGUUUCGCAAAUGCUAUGAGCCGCGGAUGGAGCAGUUUUUGCACGCAUUGGAAGAAGAAGAACAAGAAGAAGAAGAAGGAGAAAGAAAGGUGCUGAGCGCAAGCGACCAAGAGUCUGCCCUCCUCCCACCACCACGACGCCUUUCGUCCCUUAUGCGAGAGUCCUGGAGAUGCGGCCGCUUCUGGUUCGAUUAUGCCGCGAGGAAAAGCUUUGAGCUGGACACCAUCUAUUGGACUGCGCUGCACGGGAGUAGUAGUAGUGGCGAUGGUAUUGAGGUACCCGAAGACGGGAUAGAAGCGGAACUGGGCCCGUUCAUAGAGGCAAAGAUGGAGCAGCUGAGGCUGUACGAGGAGGAAUGUGCUGCUCGGUUCUCGCAAACCAGCAGCGGCUAGGACGAUCGCGGAC